UCACUAAUAAAUAGUACUGUUUCUUUCCCAGAUAAAUGGCCCGUUCUUACCAAGAUUUUGAGCCUGAUUGCCAGUACAGAAAAGGAGAAGCUCAAGACAUUAUUGAAUUUCAACUCAAAGAUUUUAAAAAAGACCAGCUGAAAGUUCACUUCGGCAGUAAUGGUGUCAUAACGGUUUCCGGUGAACGGCCCGUCGAAGGAGGUAAAUGGAUUCAAUUCCGGAAGGAAUUUACCACUCCUAAAGACUGCAAAGCAACCGAAAUUCGGGCAAGAUUCAGCUCCGGUUUUCUCUAUGUAACAAUACCAAAGAAGAUUGUGUCUUCGCAUGUUUCCCAAAAGGAUCCACUUCCACCAGUGCAGCAAGCGACGACAGCAUCCCCGUCGUCAUCGCCUGUUCAACAUCGCCAAAUUGGAAAUGUUACCGGCAAGAGUUCUGGCGGUGUUGCGGCUGAAAAUGCUGUAUCGUCUACGGCACGCCCCAAUGGGUCUAUUUGGAGGCUUAAGAUGGAGGGAAAGACAGCAGUGAUGAUUGGAGCAAGUCUGGUGAUAGUGAUCGGACUGCUGUUUGUUGUGUUGUUUUAUGUGUUCAAGUAUUAUGAUCCCAUGAAGAAGAAUGUUUAGAAUUUAUUCAAAUCCUUUGAAUUGAUUCGUUUCAGGUCUUUGAUG